AUGGAGAAGACGACGUCCCCCCGACCAGCAACGGACACAUACCAAAAGGUAUCUCUAAGCGACACGGACCUCGAGGGCGAAAGCCCGCGCCGUAGCUCCAGCGAUGAGGGGACCCCGACGCCAACUUGGGAUAAGGGGUAUCGCCGGCGCAAGCCUCGCACCAUCCUCUCGACCAUCUGGCUCUUUGCCCGUGCUCUUUUCAUUAUCGUAGGUAUUAGCACCUGGGCGGCUUCGCUGUGGGUCGUUCAUGAAGCAACGGGCGACAUGGAGAGGGCACGUUCGUUGUUGCUGCUUGCCAAGGAAGCGACUGCUGUGCCAUCUACGCCACAUGCCAAUAGUCAUGACAGCAGCAGCAGCAGCAGCAAGAGCGGUCACAAGAUCACAAACCCACACCACGACAGCCUCAACACAAUGUUCAUCCCAGGCGGAACCCUCCCCGUGGCGGGGUACGGCUUAGCUUACAACACGACAUACUGCAACGGCUGGACUGAUCCUGCGGGCGCCAUCGAGCGUGGGUGUGUCCUAGACCCUCUGCAAGGUGGCUGGGUGCACGAACUCUGCCACGACGCCGCCCUCACAAAAGAGUGGCUCUCCCUGCCGGACUUCGGGUGGUAUCUGGACGCCGAACGAACGCACAAGGUCCCGCAAGAUCGGGUCUGGGCGGCCGACAUACCCGGCGGCGUCGACACGACGCUGUACACGGUGCUCGACUUCCACGCGCAGCACUGCAAGUCCGUGAUGACGUUACGCAUUAAGCAUACGACGAGGCGGAACAAGGGGCUCGGCUACCUGCCACUCGACCCCGGGCACAUGAACCACUGUAUCCAUCUCAUGACGGAGACGCCGAACCCCAAGGAGCUCACACAGGUCGUCCUGGGCAAGUUUGGUGGCGGGACGGAGGGGUUUGGAUUGGCCGGCGAGUGUUAUAUGCCUAUUCUAUAA